ACGUGCGUAGAAUGUUGUGAAAACGUGAAAAUUUACUGUGUUAAUAAACAUUUUUUUAAAGCAAAAAUAUCCGUUUGGCAUUUUUUGCAGUGUUUGCAAGAUGGGCACAAGUAUUGACUGUGUCAGUUUUUAUCGUUAAUUAAUAGUUGAGUGACUUAUUAUCAGCGUAGUUCAUUGGAUUAUGCUGAACAUGGAAGCGGAUGGACUAGUGUCAGUAGUGUCAUUGUUUUGCAUCGCAGUGGCAUUCUGUUGCAUGUUUUCUUUGUGUUUUACUGCUAACAAACAAUUUAAAAUAAACAUUUUUCUUUGUCACAAUGAGUUGUGAUGGUUGGCUGUCUAAAUGGAUAUACUGCGUUUCGUUUCCGGAAGAAAACACGGUUAAUGAACGAACGCAUCUGCUCGAAGUGAGUGAACAGACACAAGAGAGUCCUGCGCCGGCGCCGGCCGCGCCGCCGCGGAAGCCCGACGAGCAAAGCGCACUUAACAGGAUACUCCAUGAGACUGCCACUAACGUAAUAGACGUCGGCGCGCUCGGUCCAUACGCGCUCGAGCCGGGCGCGUACUCCGAGCGCGUCCGCGCGUACACGGCCCGCGUCGCGGCGGCGCCCGCCGUCCCGCCGCCGCCGCCGCGCCUGCUCAAAGACGUGCCCUUAGCGGAGCGGAAUGCGCUGCUGUCUAAACCACCGUUGAGCAAUGACGAUAAAGAGCUAAUAGCGAACGCAGUGAAGAAGGCUGCAGCAGCGAUAUCGGAACUGCGAGUGGAGCACCAUGAAGACCUGGUCGUACCGUUCAGGGUCCCAUAGCAACACCGCCCACAGUCCAGGCGGUCCUUCUGAACUAACACUACCGACCAUACGGUCUUUCACUUAACAGUUAACAUUUAGAGAAGUCUUCACAGAAUAAGGGCUCAUGUAAGAGUCCCCGGCCGAAUUUCACCUUCCUGUACAAACGCAGGUACGUUCUCAUUUUGUCUCUUGUAACAAAGAAAAAACAUAUUCCUAAAAGUGAAAUUAGACAUUUCGUCUUGUUAUUUAACGUUCUCAUUUUAAAACUACGUGUAUGAUUGUAAUGAAAUUUGGACAUAUAAUGACAUGACUUAUAUCUAUAAUCUGUAUUUUUAGGUAUUUAAAUAAAAGUGAACAAAAUCUACCCUCUAAUGGCUCAAGCCAGUUGAG